CCCUCCUCACCGCCUUAUCCGCUCCGAGCCAACCAACCAAUCCCUUGGGAUUUUGCCGCUCCCGCCCCCGCUCCUCCCCGGCCGCGCCGCGCCUCGUCUCGCCGGCCCGGCGACCACAGGCAGGCAGUCCAAGACCAGGAUGGCGGCGUGCCCCGCCGCGACCACGGCUCGCGUGGGAGCAGCGCACGGAGGAGGCCUCUGGAGGAGAAGCGGGAGGAGCCCGAGCCUCCUCCCGCGCCCGGCCCGUGGCACGAGCACCACGGCGCGCGCCUCGGAGCUACAGCAGGCCCCCGCCCCCGCCCCCGCCCCGGCCGCCGCCGUCCCGACCCACAAGGUCACCGUCCACGACCGGGAGCGCGGGGUCGUCCACCAGUUCGUCGUGCCCCAGGACCAGUACAUUCUGCACACCGCGGAGGCACAGGACAUCACGCUCCCAUUCGCCUGCCGCCAUGGUUGCUGCACUAGCUGCGCUGUUAGGAUAAAAUCAGGGCAAAUAAGACAGCCUGAAGCUCUCGGAAUAUCUGCCGACUUAAGAGAGCAGGGCUAUGCUUUGUUAUGUGUUGGCUACCCAUCCUCUGAUCUUGAAGUUGAAACGCAAGAUGAAGACGAGGUAUAUUGGCUCCAGUUUGGAAGAUACUUUGCGCGGGGGCCUGUUGAUAGAGAUGAUUACGCGCUAGAGCUUGCAAUGGGAGACGAGUGAAACGUGCCUAACAGCGGUACGGUUUUUAAGCUGCGGUUUGUAGGUUAUAUAGAGUUGCAAAAAAGACUUGAUUUGCAAGUGGAGAAAGAAAAGAAAAGAAAAGAGAAAGACCCCUCUGCUCAAUGUUCUCUGUGUUUUUGCAAAUUUGCUGUGCAAAUGUAUAUGCUUCUUGCAGAGAUGCCAUCCUUUUUGCUCCUCUGUAUUCACAGUAGACAAAGAACGCUAUGGACUGUAUGUAUGUAAAAAGCUGUGAACUUGUAGUACCUACUUAUUUAGCACCUCAACUCAAUCUUGAGUGGAACGAAAGGAUCGAUGCUUCUGGCUGUGAAGGCAGGACGUUUCAGAUGAUGUUGAUUA